UUCAACAAUCAAAACCCCCGUCUCACUCCAAAUCUUGAGAACCCGUCUCCACCGUCGCUGGCAUUAGCUUCGACCGCCACCGCCGUUGUCUGCUCCAUCACCAAGCCGCCUCCAGCGAUCUGCCCCCUCCACCUUUCCCCGCCGCGAUAUGCCACCUCUCUUCCCCCCUCGCAAUUCGUUGCAAACUCCACCACCACUGCCAUCUGCCCCGUCACCAAGACGCCGCGAACGAUCUGCUCCAUCCACCUUCUCCCUUUCCCCUCCACCGCCGUCCGCCAUCGCGCCUCGCCGCCCCGGCACCCUUCGCGAUCUAUACCCCUUCCGUCUCCACACCAGCUCUCAUUUCCCCCACCGCAGCCAUGGCACAGCUGCCGCCAAUGGCUGCCCUGCGCCUAGCACCACCGCCGUCAAUGGGUGUCUCGCCGGACAUUACUUGGUUCCGGAACGGUUCUUGAUUAGCUAUGGUUCAAGCUUCACCGUCGAAGAAUUCAAAGUACCUCUCAAUCCAGUUCCAUCAUUAGUGACGCACUGACGGUAUGAUUUUUAUUCCUGUUGGGAUGAGUCUCUUCUCCUGUUAGUUGUCUUUCAGAAUUAGUUAUGCAUGACAGCUUUAGCAAUUCUAUGCGAUGAAUAGUGAGAAUUUUGGCUGGUUAAUCUUGCUGCUACUUUUCUCAUUGCGUCUGCCUCGCCUGCUUUUGAAUUCUCUCAAUAAAUGAUAGGCUAGAAUCACAAAGUCUAAAGAGUGUUGCCCCGAGUCCAAUAGUUCCUAAUGUAGUUCAUCAAGAUGCUAUUAGCACUUGGGCAUGCAUGGUUGAUUGUUCUCGUGGUGACCUCUAUGAUGUAGUACUUUUUGUGAAGCACUUGGGCAUGCAUGACUUAUUUCAUAAAGAUGAUGAUACACAGACCUUACGAAAAAAAAUGGCAGACAUCUUUAGCAGCAGAGGAUCAUGAUUAAAAUAUGAUAGCUAGAUUGUUUUAUAAUUGUUAAGCAAAUCUUAUUAAAUUAAUAAUGUUUUUUCUUCUUCUUUUGUUGCGUUUGUUGUUCUUCUUUGUUCAUUGCUUCAUUAUCUUCACUAAUAGAAAAGAUUAAUAUUAUUAUCUGCCCCUGCUUGCAAUGGUAAUCUCUCCCCUUCUCUAAGUCACUGUAUAUUUCCAUUCUUAGUGUUAUAAAUAUUGGUCAAAUAUGAAAAGGUUCCACCUUUAUUGAUCACGCUUAUUGUGUGAUUUUUUUGUUGGAUUGUAAAUGACAUUGGUCCUUGAUUUAGUGAACUUUUAAUUCAAUUAAUGUGUGUUGUGGCAUUAACUGAUCACUCAUUUCUAUUUGUGAUUUUUCGUUUGUGUUUUUGUUUAUUAGUUGAGGUUUAGUAGACUGCAUUUCUUGGAUGGAUAAUUUAUGUGUUGUUUUUUGAAUUCAUAAGCUGAAAUUGAAAAUGUUUGGAAAUUAAUUAGUACACUAUGUGCGGUAUUGCUCAAUAUAUUGUUGUUCGAUUACUUUUGAAGUUCCUUUGCAUGAGAUUUGGAUUUUUUGAGUAAAAGAGUAGCUCUUUUGAUUUGUUCUAUUUCCACGAGGGUUACAAAAGAUGAGGGAAAGAAGAGGAAUUAAGUGAACAUUUACAUUUUAGCUAGCCAUCCAAAUUAUGUGCAUUAUACACUAUGUUGCUUUAGCUUUUCCUUAUGACACUAUUAUUGAUUGUUUUGCCAUGUCAACGCCGAGAAGCAACAGCGUCCCUACCUCUCAAGUCUUGACGGGUAUCCGACGGGUAGCGGGUGGCGAGUAUCGGACGGGUAGCGGAUAUGGAUGGCAAAUAGUAGUGUACAAUAAGUUGAAAUUUUCUUUAAAAUUUGUUGCAGUUUCGUGGUAAUUUAUUUGUUGGGUGAUUUAUUGCAUUUGUUGCGUGGUUGAUUAUAGGAUGUCGACGCCGAGAAGUAGCAGUGCUCCUACCUCUCAAGCAUCGACGGAUAGUGGGUGGGGGUAUCCAAUGGGUAGCGGGUGUCCUCUUUAAUUUAUUUUUUCAUUUUAGUUUGACAUGUAAUGUAGACCUAUGUCAUGUUAACACUUAUUUUAUUGAAUAAUAUUCAUCAUUUAUAAAUAUAUUAUGAAA